UUAGGGACCAAAAACGAGGCCUUUGAGAUCCGUUUUCGUUGGUCAGAGCAGGAAGCGAUCGCAUCGGAAAAGGGUAAGAAAAUGCUCCUGGCGGUGCUAUUCGCUAACUCCGAGGGCAACAUCCUCGUCGAACGCUUUAAUGGAGUACCUGCAGAGGAGCGUCUGCAUUGGCGGUCUUUUUUAGUUAAGCUUGGUUCGGAGAAUCUUAAGGGGGUCAAGAAUGAAGAACUCCUUGUUGCUUGCCACAAGUCUGUUUACAUUGUAUAUACAAAGCUUGGAGAUGUAAGCAUUUAUGUUGUCGGGAAGGAUGAAUAUGAUGAACUUUCUUUGUCUGAAGCAAUCUUUGUUAUAACAUCUGCUCUCAAGGAUGUAUGUGGGAAACCUCCAACAGAGAGACUUUUCCUGGACAAGUAUGGAAAGAUUUGCUUGUGCCUGGAUGAGAUUGUGUGGACGGGUUUGCUGGAGAACAUUGACAAAGAUAGAAUCAAGAGACUUGUUAGGUUGAAACCACCAACCGAUUUCUGAGAGAGAUUAGUAGUCUCUAUGUUUAAGCAAAGCUUCCCCUACCCCACUUAUGGGAUCACAUUGGGUAUGUUGUAUACGUUUAGGCAAAGUUGUUGAGGCUCUAGGCUCUAGCAGCUCAAUAUAUGCCAAGUCCACAGGGUUGUCAGUGUCUUUCGGAUUUUACUGCAUUAUUGUUAGUUUACUAUGAUCUGGUAUAGUUGUAAAUUGUAAUAUACUCAUUUUAGUAUUAUUAUUUUUCACCAUUUGCCUAGUUGAAAAAGGCGAUAUGCUACCCUUUACAGAGGCUUGUUUACAA